AUGCCGACGAAGGCGAGCGCGGCCCCGGCGCCGCCCGGCGCACCCGCGCCGACCCCUUACGAGGAGCACCACCACUACCGGUUCCGCCAUCCCGACGUCAAGAACACGGUCAAGGCCAGGCAGCGCUCGUUUCGAGCCAUCCAGGUCGAGCGCGACAACACGCACAUCCAGCGCAGGCUGAACGAGCUCAGGCGCGAGCCCGCGUCGAGGUUCCACGCCCCCGACGGCGAGCUCAGCCUCGUGCCCAAGUCUCAGCGAACGUACGGCCCGCGCGCCGCGCCGAGGCGUCGACCGGAGUGGGACGACGGCGGCGGUCGUUCGUCGUCCACCAGCCUCCGGGACGGCGAGAGACGGAAGAAUCGUCAGAAUCCCUCGUCGCCGGCGGGGGGCAAGACGCAGACGAAGGAGCGACGCGCGCGGCACUGGCCGCCGCCGCGGUUCCCCCGCGGGGUGUACGCGGAGAACACGGAGGUGAUGCGGCAAAACGCGUCCCUCCAGCGCAGGCUCGUGAACCAGUACCGCGCGUCGAGGGACUCUCAGCUCGUCAGAGAAGGCAAAGGACGGCCCGUGGAUGGGCUCGCGCUGUGGGCCAAGCGACUGGCGGUGUACGAUCCUCAUCCCCCGAACCGCGCGCGAACCACCGACGCACGAACCGGCAAGUGCGUCAGCACCGGCGUCCCGAAGACCCUGACAGUCGCGCGGUGCAGCGCCACCGGGCUGUUGACCUACUUCGGCGCGGACGGCCACAGGCUACGCGAGCACCCCGACUGCCCCGGACUCUACUACUGCGAGAAGUGGUUCGACGAGUUCGCGGAGAUGGACGCGACGAUGCAACGCGCGGUGAUCGACUACGCGAUCGAGUGCCGGUCGAAGCGACCGAAGGAGCGCUCGUGGCAGCCCGCGAGGGCGCCGGGCGAGUCGUGGGUGGUCAACAGGCACAUGAAGCUCUCGCUGAUCCUCAUGCGCCGGAUGGCUCGAGCGGAUCUGUUCGAAAACGCGAGCACGCUCAACGCCUCAAACGUCUCGGGCGACGAUCGUUACGAGGACGACUUCGAGGACGAGGGCGACGCGCCGGUCCGAUCCGCCGCCGGUACGACCCGGGCUGGGACGCCGCUCACGAUGGACGAGAUCAGGCGCAGGGUGGAGACGUGCAGACUGCGGGAGAGGAUCGACGACGAGGAACGGCGGAGGGAGCGGCGGGAGAUUGAAAAGUUGGGCAGGGACGAAGCCGUCGCGGCGGCGGCGGCGGCGCCCAGACGGGAGGAGAUCGCGGCCGAGGGCAGGGCGGAGGCGGAGGCGGAGGCGGAUGCGACGGAUGCGGACGCGACGGGGGUUUAA